GGAGGGAGGCCGGGGCCGGGGCUGAGGCCGGGGCUGGGACUGCGAGGCCUUCGGGGCGGCAGGCGGCGGCGGCGGCCCGGGGCUCGAGCCCGGAGGGAGGAGCGGCCGCCAUGGCCGAGAGCAUCAUAAUCCGUGUCCAGUCCCCAGAGGGGGUGAAGCGAAUCACAGCAACAAAGAGAGAAACAGCUGCAGCGUUUUUGAAAAAGGUUGCAAAAGAAUUUGGCUUCCAAAACAACGGCUUUUCAGUUUACAUCAAUAGAAACAAGACGGGAGAGAUAACAGCAUCAUCCAACAAGUCCCUCAACGUGCUAAAGAUCAAACAUGGCGACCUGCUGUUCCUCUUCCCCUCGAGCCUCGCUGGGCCCUCGUCUGAGAUGGAGACGUCAACCCCGCUGGGGCCGAAGGCCUUUGGGGCGCCCAGUGUGGUGGAAGAUGAGAUCGAUCAGUACCUGAGCAAGCAGGAUGGGAAGAUCUACCGGAGCCGCGACCCCCAGCUGUGCCGCCAUGGCCCUUUGGGGAAGUGUGUGCACUGUGUCCCGCUUGAGCCAUUCGAUGAGGACUACCUGAACCAUCUUGAGCCUCCUGUGAAGCACAUGUCCUUCCAUGCCUACAUCCGCAAGCUGACCGGUGGGGCCGACAAGGGGAAGUUUGUUGCCCUGGAGAACAUCAGUUGCAAGAUCAAAUCAGGGUGUGAGGGACACCUCCCGUGGCCCAAUGGCAUCUGUACUAAGUGCCAGCCCAGCGCCAUCACCCUAAACAGACAGAAGUACAGGCAUGUGGACAACAUCAUGUUUGAGAAUCACACUGUGGCAGACCGCUUCCUCGACUUCUGGAGAAAGACGGGGAACCAGCAUUUCGGGUACCUGUAUGGGCGGUACACGGAGCACAGAGACAUCCCUCUCGGCAUCAGGGCGGAGGUGGCUGCUAUCUAUGAGCCCCCCCAGAUUGGUACACAGAACAGCUUGGAGCUUCUUGAAGAUCCGAAAGCUGAGGUGGUUGAUGAAAUCGCUGCCAAACUUGGCCUGAGGAAGGUUGGCUGGAUAUUUACAGACCUCGUCUCCGAAGAUACCCGAAAGGGCACGGUCCGAUACAGUCGAAAUAAGGACACCUAUUUCCUGAGUUCAGAAGAAUGUAUCACUGCAGGAGACUUCCAAAACAAACAUCCCAACAUAUGUCGGCUCUCCCCAGAUGGACACUUUGGAUCCAAGUUUGUCACUGCAGUGGCUACAGGUGGUCCCGACAACCAGGUCCACUUUGAAGGUUACCAGGUGUCCAAUCAGUGCAUGGCCCUGGUCCGAGACGAGUGCUUGCUGCCAUGCAAAGACGCCCCUGAGCUCGGCUACGCCAAGGAGUCCAGCAGUGAGCAGUACGUGCCCGAUGUGUUCUACAAGGACAUCGACAAGUUUGGCAAUGAGAUCACCCAGCUGGCGCGCCCCCUGCCCGUGGAGUACCUGAUCAUCGACAUCACAACAACGUUCCCCAAGGACCCGGUUCACACGUUUUCUAUUUCGCAAAAUCCAUUUCCCAUCGAAAACCGGGAUGUGUUGGGCGAGACACAGGACUUCCACAGUCUGGCCACCUACCUGUCCCAAAAUACCUCAUCCAUGUUCCUGGACACCAUCUCAGACUUCCAUCUCCUGCUGUUUCUGGUCACCAAUGAGGUCAUGCCACUGCAGGACAGCAUCAGCUUGUUGCUGGAGGCCGUGAGAACCAGGAAUGAGGAGCUGGCACAGACAUGGAAGAAGUCCGAGCAGUGGGCCACCAUUGAGCAACUCUGCAGCACUGUCGGUGUGCAGCUUCCAGGCCUCCAGGAGUUCGGUGCUGUCGGGGGCUCCGCGCACACUGCCACCUCCGCCGCCAUGUGGGCCUGCCAGCAUUGCACCUUCAUGAACCCGCCGGGCACCGGGCACUGCGAGAUGUGCAGCCUCCCCAGGACCUAAGGCCGCUGGCGGGACAGGCGCCCAGCCCUCAGGAGCCGGGGUCACGCACGGUGUGCUCCCACAGUGAUGCCUGAAGUGGGCAGGCCUGAGGGCGUGGGGCUGGGGGCUCUGACCCAGAGCUUCUCUUCCCAAAGGGCGCCCAUUGGAAAGGAAACCAGGGCAGCCUUCCUCCAGGCUGUUGGGUGACCUGCCAAAGGAUCACAGCGUGGCCCCACCUGGGAAAGCCUGACAGCUACCCACGUUACCCCGCUGUGCUCGGGUGCCUGGCGCCUCUGCCUCAUCUGGAGCUGGGUGGGGCUUGCUGCUGCCCUCAGCGUCCAUCUUUCCUUCUUCCUUUAGUGCUCUCCCUCUGCUCCCCCCGACCCCCCGUUUUUGGUUUGGAGCUCUUGGCCCUGUGUCCUCUUGCUCUAGGCUGAGACCCUGCCUGUGAGGCCCUCCUUCUCUUCAAACAGCCAUCGUCUGGUGGACACGCAGGGGCCUGCCACCGCCCCCCCACCAGACCUCCACGGGGUUUAAAGUUGGCAUCAGCUGUAGUAAGAGUUACUGGCAGUUCCUGCCCAGAGGACUUCUAUUUAUUUUUCUAAGAUAAAAACUGCACAAGAGGGGAGUGACAGACUAGUUUCCAUGUCCUUCCUCAGUGGAUCCCUCUGGGGGUGUGUCCUGGGUGAGCAGUGUGGGGGACCCACCAUCACUUACCCUUCGAUAAACCUCAGUGCCUGAGACAUCCCACCACACUGCACGCUGACAGCUCCAGACAUGCACGGGCUGCGCAGAGCAGGGCACGGGAGUCCAUGCGAAGGCUGGCGCCACAUCACGCCAGAUACCGCCCACCCUACCCCUGGUCCUCACCUGGCCUGGCGCAGUGACUAAGCAGACAGGCCUGGGGAGGGAGUUUGGGUCUCACCCAGCCCAGAUCCACCUGGGCCACUGUGGAGACUGGGAGGUUGCUGUGCUGCAGGCUGUGGGCCAGGCCAGGCGGAGGCCAGAGGUGCAUCAGCUUUGUCUCCUGUGGUCCUGAGCUCCCUUCUCUGGGUCAUGAGGAAGCCCUCCCUUGGGGGAGUUCUGGGCCUCUUGCUGCUUCUUUGCCUUAACACUGCGCUGUGCCCAUGAGAACGGUCAGCCUCUCCACAGACGGCCUGGGAUCCUGCCUCCUCGGGACACUAGGGAGAGGAUGCCCCUGGCGUGAGAAUAGGUGCAGGCACGGCAGCUGUCCUUGUUGGCCAAGGGUCCCUGGCUGGUCCAGCCUUGGCAGAGCUGCCCAGCCAGCAUGACCGUCAAGAAGGGUGCAGAGGCCGACUGGUCCUGUGGUGGCCACAGCCUCAUUCUCAGCAGCCGUGGGAGUGCGAUGGGGCUGCCCGCCCUGUGCUCAACUUCCAUGCAUUGCCAUCGCUGUUUCCACCCUGGGACGUGCUGGCAGCCCAUCGGCUCUGGGGCUGCGCUGCCACCGCCUGCUCCUUUUCUGCUAGUCUCUGCCGCCAAGUUCCUGCCCUUUCCUCUUCACGCUGAAGCUUUGGCGUUCACUUCCACACCUGUUUUCCUUCGCCUUCUGGCUGAAGAAAAAGCAUCGUCAGUUCUCUGACCCUUGGUUUGAGCCACUCUCUGUUCAGUAAUGCACUUUUCUUCACUGUCUAGAGGGAGUGCUAAGCAGGAGGGGUGCCCCGCAAGCUCCAUCCUUGCAGGUUGAGCCACCUGCACAGGUGUGAUCCGCCGUCUCCUGAACCUACUGGUGAACAGGUGGCUGCAGUGCCCACCAACUGAGGGCACUCUCUGGGGACCAGGUGCUCCUGUUUUGCCUGGCCGCUUGGGCUUGAAGGGAUGCCUGUGGGCUUGGGUCAGAGUUCCCGGCUCCGGCCCUGCAACGGAACCUAAUAAAAGCACCUGAAGUGUC